AUGAAUUUUGAUAUUGACUUCUUAGUUAUGUUCAAAAAGAUUGGCAACCCACUUGCUGAAGCACUGACGCAAAAACAGACGGAAACAGAGAAUGACCAAUCGUGUGGCGAGCCGGUGAAGGCGCACCACCUGGUGAUCGACUUUGCCCCCGGCAGGGAAGACACGCCGGAGAUACAGGAGCGCUGCCACCAGUACUGGCAGAAUAAGAACCGUCAAGAGUAUAACGACAUGUCCUCGAAGAGUAAAAACCUGAUUGAUUUGCCACAUCCCGACAGGAGCAUAGAAAGCCAAAGUAUUAUACCAGCUGUACAUACGCACAAGAAACAUAACAAAAAAGGUAACGUACAAACCGCAGUAGACUCGAGCACAGUCAUCCAAUAUCGUACUUAAAUGACACGCAUUUUGUUACAUUUUGUAUUUUUUACACUUUAUUACAUUUUUUCUAUCUA